UCGAGGAGAAGCAGGUCGCGCGGUACGGCACAGCACGGCACGCCUGAGAAGUCGGUGCCCCGCUGUAUACCUUAACGUUAGCUCUCUCUCUCUCUCUCUCUCCCUCUUCCUCUUUCUCUCCCUCUCCCCCUCUCUCUCGGAGAAUAACGGAGAGGGGUACGUUAUGGCGACUUUGGGACCGGAGUCGGCCCGUUCUCCUCCUCCCCAGCUCGUUUCCUCUCCGUCGACCCAGACCCACAUCAGCAGCACCAGCCUGCCUCCCAACCGGGGCUUGGAGCGGGCGCUGGAAGAGGCGGCGGCUAGCGGCGUUCUUAACCUCAGCUCUCGAAAACUGAAGGAAUUUCCCCGGACAGCCGCCAACCACGAUCUGACGGACACGGUGGAAGCAGACUUGUCAAAGAACAGACUGGCUGACAUCCCCUCAGAGGUCUGCCACCUGGUUGCCUUAGAGAUACUAAACCUGUAUCACAACUGCGUUAGGACCAUCCCAAACAGCAUCAUGAGCCUGCAGUCACUCACCUCCUUAAAUCUCAGUCGUAAUCAGCUGGGCUCUCUGCCAGCCUGUCUGUGUGGUUUACCUCUGAGAGUUCUCAACGCCAGCAACAACAAGCUGGUCAGCCUGCCAGAGACCAUUGGACAGCUGAACAGCCUCAUGGAGCUGGACAUCAGCUGCAAUGAGAUCACGGCUCUUCCUGGCCACGUCGGCAGACUCAGAGCUUUGCGAGAAUUAAAUGUACGCAGAAACCUUCUCUGUGUCCUGCCAGAAGACCUGGCUGACCUUCCUCUGGUGAAGUUUGACUUCUCCUGUAACAAGGUAUCGACUAUCCCAGUAUGUUACAGGAAGAUGAAACAGCUCCAGUGCCUUCAGUUAGAAAACAACCCACUCCAGAGCCCACCUGCGCAGAUCUGUAUAAAGGGUAAAGUUCACAUAUUCAAGUAUCUGAGCAUCGAGGCAUGUCGCAGUGAGAAGAUGCCCGACUCUCUCUAUCUGCCUGUCAUGGAAAGACUCAACCUAUCACAACCCACCACCAGCAGUGUGGAGGACAUGGAGCAGCAGAAGAAGCAGGACAGCGACUCAGGUGUCGGCAGUGACAACGGAGACAAGAGACUGUCUGCUACUGAGCCGUCAGAUGAAGACAGUUUGAGUCUAAAUGUACCAAUGAGUCACAUCACAGAGGAGGAGGCAAUCAGUAAAGACAACUCAAGUGAACACAUCAGCUCUCUCACAGCAGACCCAAACUCCGACUCAGUCUGUCUGAUUGAGGAGGGUCCUACGGAAGCCAAGAGGGACCAGUUCAGCUACAGAGAUUCUGCUCUCAGUACUAAUUUCGUCAACUACAUCAAGGGUCGGACAGCAGCAGACUUGGGUGAGCCCCUCAGGAUAGAGGAAGACUCACACUGGCCAAUAGAACAAGUCUCGAAGGUCACAGGGGGCACAGAGCUCCACAUUGACAUGAUCAACCAGCUGAAGGAAGCUGUGGAGCUGCUGCAGGACCCCAGCAGAGUGAACAGAGAGCAGGACUACCUGUCUGGUGUUCACCUCUACCCAGUCGAGAUGGUCACUGUGGAAGAGUCACUCAAUGGGCAGGACAGUGAUGACGAUGUUACCACACCGAAGCAAGGUGACAAAUCUACAGCCACCAGACCUUCAUCUUUCUCAAGCCCUGUGUUUGGACUGAAGCCACGUUCAGCCCCACCCUCACUGCCCUGCUCGCCCCCUUCUUUCUGUCUUGAGCCCUCCCUCCUCUCACAGGCCUCGCUCAACAGAGAUACAUCUAUUAGCCAUGAUGACGGAGGCAUGCACAACCGCGUGUUCCUGCGGAGCCACAAGAGUCUGGAGUCUGUUGAUCCUCAGUUCACCAUUAGAAGAAAGAUGGAGCAACUCCGAGAGGAACUGGAGCUCAUGGAGCAACUACGAGACAGCAUCGAGAGCAGACUGAAGGUUGUCCUUCCCGAGGACCUAGGAUCAUCUCUGAUGGAUGGCGUUGUGCUCUGUCAUCUGGCCAAUCACAUUCGCCCACGCUCUGUUGCCAGCAUCCAUGUUCCCUCACCUGCUGUGCCCAAACUCAGCAUGGCUAAGUGUCGGAGAAAUGUGGAGAACUUCCUGGAUGCCUGCAGAAAAAUUGGUGUACCAGAGGACACCAAUGACAACACAAAACUGUAAACCAGAUCUGGGAGGAAGACCAUCGAUUCCAUGUUUCUUAACAGCAUCCAAUUGUCCCUGGAUCCUCCUGAAAUCAGAACUGAUACCUGUAAUAACACUUUGUACAGAAAUGUGACAUCAAUUGAUGCUUAAUAUUUUCCACUUUCAGACUUAUUUACAGACUUAUUUAAAUAGCCCUGAAUACUUCCUUUAAAGUCAAAAAGAAAAUCACAGUAUACUCAUGGCUGACUGGAAGAUCCUAUUCUCAAAGCCAAGAUCUGCUGAAUGCAACACUUUAAUAUGCAUCUGCUACUACCAAAUUAUGUUUCUAUUUCUUGAAAACUUGAAAAACCUUGGAACAACUCAACAUUCUCCCAGGACUGGUUUAAUGUUCCUGCCUGACUCGUUUUUGUUCUCAUUGCUUCUCAACGGAAUUCUAAAUGUUGACAUUUAACGCUGAAUCAUCAUUGCUUUGCUACCUGUGGCUUCCAGCUUCCUCCAUCAUGACAGGAGUCAAACAAAACAGCAGCUUCAGUCUGAAACAGAGCUGUUAUGGAUUUAGUGUGUGUGUGUGUGUGUGUGCGUGUGAGAGAGAGAGAGAGAGAGACGGAAACAAAGACAGAGACUGUUCAAAAGUUUUGAUUUCUGUAAAAUAGAGCUGUACACUUAGCAUGCAGACUGGAUGUGUGAAGGGACAACAUAGUGAGUCAGUACAGUUCAGCAGCCUUACAAGUGUCCUGAAACUGUCCAGUUAACGUUUGUAUGUUCUUAUGAUUUGUAAAUGCAAUAACCACUCAGAGUUCAGUGUAAAAUAGGUCUUUUUGCCUUAAAGCAGAUACAACAAAAUUGAGCUGGUCCCAAGGACCAUAACACACUCUUAUCACUAUUUGUCCUUGGCCUGGCUUAGCUUGUCGAGACACCAUCAUUUCAUUUCUCUGGGUACUUUCAGUGCUUUCCACCAUUCUCUGAAAUUUAACUGAUAUCUUCAUUGCGCAUUUGCGCACCACUUGGUUAUAUACACCGUUAUAUUCUAAGGCACAUACAUAGGAACAAAACAAAUAAAUGAUUGAUGGAUAAAUAAGAAUAAACUAUUUAAAAAUUUUCCUACACAGUCCUUAUAAUUAUUAUUAUUAUAAAGACUGGAAACAGCUAGCAUGGGUCUGUCCAGAGGUAACAAUGUCAUGUUAUGUGCUGUACUUUUUCUUGGUUGGGACAAGUAAUUUCCUGGAAUCUCAUUGAAGAUCUGUCUGAAUAUUCCUUUAAAUCUGCAACAGCAGGAAUAAACAGAAGCGUUUUACACACCUACAGAUACAGGGGCAUUGGUGGUCGUGGAAACCUAUGUUUUGUCUUUAUUACAUUUUUAAAUGACAAAACGACAUUCUGAGAGCUUCUCACAGUGACGUAUUCCCUCUUGAAAUAGGAUAAAUAGGGAGGUGGCAUUCACAGCCAAUGGGAUACCAGUUAAAGAUACAAAGGCAGCUUCACUGGGGCCAUAAAGACAAUAUGAUUUUGUUCAUACCAUCUACCAUCAAACCAAUGAACAAUGAUAUUUGAUAUCAAGGGUGAAUGCUAUAAAAUUGCAAAAAACGUGUUUCAUAUUAUUGGGAUUUAAAA